UGGAUUUCCUCUGAUACUUUGGAUGUCACUUCACAACUGUGGAGUUUAUGCACAGAAGGGAUCUUUAAAGUUUUGUUGACUGAGCGUGUGUAUGAGAGGCGUGUGUGUGACAGGAGCGUGCUAGGAGCUAUGUCAGGUGUUACACGGAAAGGUUCUGGGAGACCAGGAUAUUACUACAGACUCCUGGGUCGAACGAGGCUACAGAGACAGCGCAGCCGCUCCAGGAGUAGAAGCAGAGCCACAAACAAUAGGGACUCUCCACCUGAGAAAACAGGGCGGAGACGUAGCAUGCCAGGCUCCACCCCUGACAAAGCCCCACCUACAAUGGAGCCCACUGCCACUGCUGCUACACCCUUCAGGGUCACAGGGUUUUUGAGUCGCAGGUUAAAGGGCUCAAUAAAGCGGACUAAGAGUCAGCCUAAACUGGACAGGAACAGCAGUUUCAGACACAUCCUACCAGGCUUCAGACUAGUGGACAACGACAGGUCUCAUCUGAUGCCCAGGCUGAAGGAGUCGCGCUCUCACGAGUCUUUGCUCAGUCCCAGCAGUGCAGUAGAAGCUCUGGACCUCAGCAUGGAGGAGGAGGUCCUUAUUAAACCAGUGCACAGCUCCAUCCUCGGGCAAGAUUACUGCUUUGAGGUGAGCACCUCCACAGGUAGUAAGUGCUUUUCCUGUCGUUCGGCCGCAGAGAGAGACAAAUGGAUGGAGAACCUGCGACGGGCCAUCCACCCUAAUAAGGACAACAGUCGGCGGGUGGAGAAUACGCUCCAGCUGUGGAUCAUCGAAGCUAAGGACCUUCCGGCCAAGAAAAAGUACUUCUGUGAGCUCUGCUUGGACGACGGCCUCUAUGCCCGCACAACCUGCAAGCUGAAGACAGAUAACGUCUUCUGGGGUGAACACUUUGAGUUCAGUAACCUCCCUACGGUCCAGAACAUCACCGUCCAUCUCUAUAGGGACUCGGACAAGAAGAAGAAAAAGGACAAGAACAACUACGUGGGGCUGGUGAGCAUUCCAGUGGUGAAUGUCAUGAGCAGGCAACUGGUCGAGAAAUGGUACCCAGUUAGCCAACCCAAUCCAGGGAAAGGGAAAACGGCUGGACCCAUGGUCCGCAUCAAGGCCCGGUACCAGAGCAUGAACAUCCUGCCCAUGGAGCUCUAUAAAGAGUUUGCCGAGUACACCACCAACAACUACAUGCUGCUCUGCUCUGUGCUGGAGCCGGUCAUCAGCGUCAAGAACAAAGAGGAGAUGGCCCGCGCUCUGGUGCACAUCUUACAGAGCACCGGCAAAGCAAAGGACUUCCUGACAGAUCUGAUGAUGUUGGAGGUGGAUCGAUGCGGGGAGAAUGAGCACCUGAUCUUCAGAGAGAACACGCUGGGCACUAAAGCUAUCGAGGAGUACCUCAAACUGGUCGGACAGAAGUAUCUGCAAGAUGCACUGGGUGAGUUUAUAAAGGCUCUGUAUGAGUCUGAUGAGAACUGUGAGGUGGACCCAUCCAAAUGUUCAUCUAGCGAUCUAGCUGAACAUAAGAGCAACCUCAGGAUGUGCUGUGAGCUGGCUUUCUGCAAGAUUAUUGAGUCUUACCGUGUGUUUCCACGGGAACUUAAGGAGGUGUUUGCGUCAUGGAGACAGGAAUGUGGUAAUCGAGGGCGACCAGAUAUCAGCGAGCGUCUUAUCAGCGCCUCGUUGUUUUUGCGUUUUCUGUGUCCGGCAAUCAUGUCGCCUUCUCUCUUCAACUUGACCCAGGAGUACCCAGACGACCGCACUGCACGCACACUGACUCUUAUCGCCAAGGUUACACAGAACCUCGCAAACUUCACCAAGUUUGGCAAUAAGGAGGAGUACAUGUCCUUCAUGAAUCAGUUCUUGGAGCAGGAGUGGACCAACAUGCAGCGCUUCCUACUGGAGAUCUCUAACCCAGAGACCAUCUCAAAUACUGCAGGCUUCGAGGGCUAUAUUGACCUGGGCCGUGAGCUCUCCACCUUGCACUCCCUUCUAGCUGAGGUGGUGUCGCAAAUGGACCAGAGUGCUACCUCCAAGCUUGGCCCAUUACCUAGAAUACUGAGGGACGUACAUGGAGCGUUAACAAACCCAUCAAACGUACAAAUGAGUGUUCUUCCUGAUCGUGUGCCAUCCCCUCCAGCCCCUGGAUGCAGCAUCUCCAGUGGAUUACAAAAGAUGGCCAUCGACAGUGACCUACCAGGCCCAAUGGACUUCACUCGCCUUCCUUCCCCCACCCCUGAAAACAAAGACAUCUUCUUCGUUACACGCUCUUCUGGCCUCCAGGGCUCCCCUGCCCGCAGCUCUAGCUACUCCGAGGCCAACGAACCCGAGCUGGGCCUGGCCAAUGGUGGCAAGAGCCUGUCCAUGGUAGACCUGCAGGAAGCGGCCAGGGCGUUAGAACCUAUCGCCAUCCCGGUAGGGAUCACUUCAGAAGGUUUAGGUGAGGGUGCCAUGAUUCCCUGGAAUACACGGACUCCCCAAGGCAAUGUUGCUGGAGGCCCUACUCUUCACAGGCCAGGACAGACUCCCACUACCCCAGGAGCAGAAGGGGCCCCAGGCAGGCCUACACAGCUUUUGGCCCCGCUAUCCUUUCAGAAUCCAGUGUACCAGAUGGCAGCAGGUUUGCCCGUGUCAGCUAGAGCGAAUGCGAGUGGGGAUUCUGGGUCGGAGUGUCACAGCUCCGUCAGUUCCCAUAGCAACAACGAGGAGGGUCUUGGAGGAACCAAACACACGUUCCUUACCCAGGGGGCUUUGGUGGGGGAGGAGUUUGCAAGGCGUUCGGGAGAUUUCUCGAGACGACAGCUAUCGCUAACUGAUGCGCAGCAUGGAAACCAGCCUACGGUUCCACGACAGAGCAGCGCUGGUCCUCAACGGCGGAUUGACCAGCCACCACCACCCACACAGACUGCGCCCAGAGGACGAACUCCACCCAACCUAUUGAACUCCACCCCCUACCCACGGCCUCCUAAUAACACUGUGAUGUCAUCAUCACCCGACUGGCCUGGAAAUGGUGCACGGCUUCGACAGCAGAGCUCCUCCUCUAAGGGGGACAGUCCAGAAACGAAGCAUCGCCCACCACAUAAACAGGCCCCAUCCCCAGUGAACCCCAGCGCAUUGGACCGCACCGCUGCCUGGUUGAUGAAUGUGCCGUAUAUAGAGCAGGAGUCUGAGACGGAGCUUUGCAGAGAUGAGCACACACAAGCUGAAAAGUAUCAGGCGGAGAUCAGUAUGCUGCAGGAGCGACUGCGUGUGUCGGUGCAGAGGCUGGAGGAAUACGAGGCCCGGAUCAAGGGACAGGAGGAACAGGCACAGAAGAUGUUGCUGGAGUAUCAGGCCCGACUGGACGAGUCCGAGGAGAGAUUGAGACGGCAACAGGAUGACAAAGAUCUGCAGAUGAAGGGCAUCAUAAGCAGGUUGAUGUCUGUGGAGGAAGAGCUGAAGAAGGAUCAUGCUGAUAUGCAGGCAGCGAUUGACUCCAAACAGAAGAUCAUUGAUGCGCAGGAGAAACGGAUAGCAUCUCUGGACGCGGCUAACGCGAGGCUAAUGAGCGCCCUGUCACAGCUGAAGGAGCGCUACAGCAUGCAGACGCGGAACGGCAUCUCUCCCACCAACCCCACCAAGCUGCAGAUCACAGAGAACGGGGAGUUCCGCAACAGCUCCAACUGCUGAACGAAGCCCCCCGGAUCCACAGAGAGACGGAAUGAAGACAGAGGACACGAGCAAGUGUGCAGAUAUUCUGUAAGUGAACCCUGAGAGAAAUACUGCAGGUGAGGAUACUGAACAUUGACCUUUGACGGUCUGGAAAGCGAAUGUUUGGAAACGUGGAGCAAGAUCCACUUUAAACAUCCACUGGUGAGGCUACUGUUCAAGUACUUCAUGUUAGGACACACCACUAGAUGUUCAUUCGUGUUUCACAACAACUAACUGUAAAAUAAAAGAAAAAAACAAUACAGUUAACAUGGUGACAUUUUCCAGAUACUAGGACCUUCUAGCCUGCAAAAAAAGUCAUUUCACUUGCUUUAAAAUAGGUGUUCUCCAUACAGCCUUUGAAAAAAAAGAAACUAGAUUUUGUCACAUUAAUUUAUAAUGGUCUCUACUUUAAUAUGAAAUGACUGAAACUACAGAACGAGCAAAUUGGCGCUGUCCUCCAUAUCUCUCUUCCUGCUUAUGUUUCUCCCUACAUAGUGCACUUUGUCUCUCCAUCAUGAGAAGCCUUAAAAUGUUACAUCUGAAAUACCCCUCAGUCCUUACUUUUAUUUGAUUUUUACAGUUCAGAUGAAUAUCUAUGAUAGAUUAUAAUGUGCAUAGAUUUUAAAAAGUAUAUAUUUUACAUUCUCCUUCCACUAUUUUUUUUUCUUUUUUCAGAAAAUUUUGCCAAGAUUUUGAAUUAGCGCAGACUGCUCAGGCAGAGCAGAAUGAAUGUUUUAGACACUAAACCAGACUGAAAUGAUUUUAGUUUGAAGUUUUGAAAACUGCCUUGUGUAGCUCAUGUUUUCUUCCUACAUUGUUUAGGAGAGUUGUGCAUGUUUUUCUUCUCCAUUCUAAUGUUUUAAGCCUUUUUAAGUCAUUUGUACAGGUGUGUUUAUUUUUGUAUGUGUUGCCUCAUCGGUCCAAAUUGCUGCACACUUUACAUUUCAGUAUUUAGAGUUUGUAUAUUUUCAUACUUAAUAACAUAUGUGAGGACUCUUCUGCGUUUAUCAUGGUGCAGCGUGGAGCUGCUGUUUUCCUUUCAUUCAUUGGUCUUUGAGGAAGUGAGAAGCAUGCACGUCUUUAUUUUGAUGCAAAGAGAUACAUUAUAAGGCAGCUUGUCAUGGGACGUGUAAGAAAAGAGAUGUUAUUUUUAAAGGGAAUCCUCUCUGUAUAUGGGCUCUGUGAUGGAGUAUUAUGUGAAUAAGUUAAUAUUAUAUAUAAAGCAGGGUUCACAGGAACUGCAAAGUGAAUGAUGGCUGAAAUGUUGGAUCAGACUGAGACGCAGCAAUCUAACAAGCACACACCACAUCUCUUGCCCCAGAUUCUCAAACGCUUUGAAGACUAUGCACUUUUUCCCUUUGUCAUGUCCACUUGGGUUUACUUCACUCUACAAACACGUAGCAAACUCGAGGUGCUCAUUAUUAUUAUUAAGCCAGGGAUGCUUUAUUUUGUCAUUCAGUUUAAUUUGUAGCAUUAUCAUUUGCGCAACUGUAGCUAUACACUAUAAACAAAGGUGCACAUGCAGUGUAAACGUCAUGAGAUUAGCAAUUGGACUGUGUUACAUACCGCAAUCAAUGCUCUUUUGAUGCCCUGGUAAAGUAGUUUUGCAUGUACUAAAUGCUUCAGCACUGUCUGCAUAAGGCAGAUUAAUAUCUAGUUAUUUAAAAUUCAUUUGAUCAACUCUUAAACUUGGUUCGGGGCUCAUAUGGUUGCACAAAAGGGAACCAAUAUUUAUUUUUCACACGUUUUCUCUUACAGACGUGGAUGUCAGCUUCUCUGUUUGUUCAUGUUCUGUUUUUAAUGAGGUCUGAGGUUUUGCAGAGUCAUUACGUCUAUGUCCAUCCACAUGAGAAGCUACUAGUGAGUAAAAAAAAAAAAACUGAAAAGAAAUGGUAGUUUAGAACAGUGUUAAAUGAAAAAGACUUUUGCUGUCGUCUCGGUUCUUUUCAUCAGAUGUGUCUUUAUCUGGCUUCAUUUCAGUUCUCAAAGUUUAGGAAACGUUUGCAAGUAAAACUAUUUGCGCAUCUUUUUUUCUUCUCCAAGCAGUCAAUGUGAAAUAGUAGCUAUGUGAAAUAAAUAAUAUAAAGAUAUACAAAUAUAUAAAUGAAUACCUACAAUAUGUUGUAUGUUUUAUAAUCCUUGUAGAAAAUAAUUUUGUAAGUAUGUUUAAAGUAAAGUAUUGGCUGGACUCUUGCCUUGUUUUAGGACAAUGACAAGAACAAUAAUGUACAGAGAAAUUUGUCCAUGUUAAGAUCUAUACAAUUGUGGCUGUGCAAUUUAUGUACAUUUGCAACUAGAAUAAUUAAAGUUUUAUUUAGUUAUUUUA